AUGACCGAGCGCAUCGUUGGCCGGCCAUGGACUGCUCAAGAGGACCGUCUUCUUGCCAACGCCGUCGCAAUCCAUGGAGAGUCAGACAACUGGAAGGCCGUCGCCCACUGUGUCCCGGAAAGGUCCAAUAAAGCCUGCAGGAAGGCAAGUCGAUGGCUCCAUUCCCUAUCACCGAAUGUGAAGAAAACUGCUUGGACGCCAGAGGAAGACCAUCUACUUUUGGAACUCUACGAAGUCUAUUCAACCAAGUGGUCUGUGAUCGCGAGGCAUAUACCCGGUCGUACUGACGACGCUUGUUCAAAACGCUAUCGUGAGGCACUCGACCCUUCCCUUAGACGUGACGAAUGGUCCAAGGAGGAGGACGACAGGCUCUUUGACGCGUACUCACGUUUGCCUGGGCGAUGGGGCCAAGUCGGCCAGGAGUUACAGCGCAGCGGAUUAGCCUGCCGUAACAGAUGGAGGCUUCUCGAGCGAAAAAGAAACAACCUAACCGAGCCUCAGGGUGUCGCAGUUUCAAAAUUGUCAUCGACCAUGUCUUCAGAACCAACAAGUCCUAUGUUAACGUAUCCCGAUCCCACACCUUGGCCGCCUCCACUCAUGCUCAAUCCCAGGCAAUAUUGGGGUCAAAAUCUAUCUCAGCUUGGCGGAGGUGCAUCCCCAGCAUCUGGACAACAACAUAGCCACGUAAGGUCUCACAAUGACGUGGGAUUAUUGGGCAGUGUAGAACCCUCAGUUUCCCAUUCACAAUCGAUACAGCACGUUGUCAAUCUUCCGCCUCCGUUUCAUUAUUCGUCUUCAUCAUUAAGUUCGGCCUUGUCUUCUCCGCACACACUUGCAACGAGGUAUGAAAAAAGCAUCGCGGCCCCUAGCGGCCCUUACCAAACUGGGGAAGUUCACGCCGCACCGCACCCUAUUACCUCCGCUCCGCCGGCCGAUAAUGCGUCCGCGGUUUUCGACUAUGGGGUAGUCCUCGAUCCAUCUAUUGUUAACGCCACACGAACCACGGACUAUACUGUUGGACAUCGCCCCGUGUAUGAGGACCACGUUGCACAAUAUAACGAGAUCCAACGAAGCGUCGCUCCCACACCUGUACCAUCUCAUAUACCCGUUCCCCCUCAACGUGCGUCGGAAUAUUAUUCGCCUGCUCCUCAUCAUAACGAGUGUCACCAUCAAUUGAUCCGUGAUGGAGAGACUUCUCCAUCACAAUUAUCUCGAGAUUCGCGUUAUCCAACUACUUCUCAGGGUCCUUCCGCUGCAUUAGUCCCUACGGCACUAGGCCUACCCCACGAGGCAAAUGACAGCUACUACGUGGCUCAUCGUCAACAGCUUGAGCAUGUUCAGCACGUUGUGAUGUCAUCGCCCGAUUCAUCAUCCGUCUGCAGCGUUUCCCACGACCCCUCCAUAAAGCCAUAUGCGUGCGGUCACGAGAGCUGCUGGCCGGUGGCCGCGACGAGUUCCAUUGCUUGUUACACUACUUCGCGAGGUCUUUCAGACCACAAUAAGAGUUCUCAUCCAGAAGACUCUGGCGGAGAGAGACCCUACAGAUGUGGCUUAGACGGUUGCGGAAAAUCUUGGAAGGCACGUUAUUUCGGUCCCGAAAGCAUUAACGGGUUACAGUAUCAUUUGCAAAUAUCGAAGGCCCAUUUCCAACACGCUAUUGUGUCUACUUUCGUCACCUCUUACAUCGAUGGCCUCGCUGUGCCUUAUGUGGAGGCAUCUCCUGGUGAAAGUGAUGGUAAGACUAAGAAGCAAUAUUCUUGUCCGCAUCAAGGCUGCCCGAAUCGGUAUAAGCAGCUCAGUGGACUCCGUUAUCAUCUAACCCAUGGUCAUCCUACGGAUCUUCCGGUUCAGUUAGAUUUGGUACCUCCUGCCCUGAGUCGCAAAUUGGCUGAGAAGAUGCGGAAGGAUGGUACCAGCUCACAAUCCUUUGAGACGCACACGCACACUCCUGUUCCUGUUCCCGCCCCCUCGCAGAGCUGCUCUCCCGGGCAUGUAUCUGCAUAA